AUGUCUAAAAUUAAAAAGCAAAAACGAAAACAAAAAUUUCAAUAUAAUCUUAAUCGUAAAAGGCUAUGUAGAAAUAAAUUGAACAAAGGAAAUAUUUCGUGUAACAAAGAAAAGCACUUUAAGAAAAUGGGACUUGUUUUUGAUGUAAACAACGAUAUAAAAGGAUUAAACAAGCAAGUCAAAUCAAUUGAUAAAUUAGAAAAAAUAAAGGAUGAAAAAUUAGAAAAUAAAAGUCAAGAAAAUAAAUUAAUUAGAGUAAGCAAAAGAAAAUCACACUACAUUAGUAAAAACCAAUUAGAUUUCUUAAAAUAUUUAAAAGAUAAAUAUGGUGAUGAUUAUGAAGCAAUGGUGAAAGAUAAAAAAAAUUAUUUACAGCUCACAAAGAAACAAUUAAUAACUAAAAUCAAAUUUCUUAAUUAG